AUGUCUUUCCGCGAGAUGAGGUUAUUUACUGAAAUGAUGCGUUCCUUGGGAUACCCGCGCGUCAUAUCUUUGGAAAAUUUUCGAACUCCGAAUUUCCCUUUAGUUGCGGAAAUCCUCAGAUGGUUGGUUUGUCGGUAUGACUCUUAUGCUGACUUACCAUCACGCCUUGACUCGGAACAAGAUCGCGUUUUGUUCAUUAAAUCAGUAACACGCUUGAUUUUUACUAAGGCAUGUAUUAAACUGAACAGCAAAAGACUUUACCAGGCAGAUGGAUAUGCUGUAAGGGAACUUAUAAAAAUAACUAGGAUCUUAUGUGAAGCAAUGGAAAAUAGCAAUUCCGAGUCCAAAGAUGAACAACAUUGCCUCAAUGUAACAGAAAUCUUUGAUUUUGAUAAGGUUCAGCAACUUCAAGAGGCUAGAAAUUUAUGUAGUCAACUUGCAUCAUCUGGCGCUUCUUUAAAUUCACUAUUGAAUAAAGAAGUAGAUAUUAAAGAAUUACGUGAGACUUCGUUAAGACGUCAGAUAGAUCGAGAGUAUGUCGAGGAAUCUAUAAAAACCGCCAAAAGUGCUAUCAAUGGUCAAAUUGAAAAAGUGCAAUCAUCACUUGUUAAUAUCACUGCCGAUGAAACCAAUUUAGAUAUGAAAAUUGAAAAGAAACGCAGUGAAUUAGAACGUAAUCGUAAACGUUUAUCUACAUUACAAUCUGUACGACCUGUAUAUAUGGAAGAGUAUGAACAAUUAGAAGAGGAACUAUCUUCACUUUAUACUACUUACCUGACAAAAUUUCGUAAUCUUACAUUCUUAGAAAGUCAAUAUGAGUGUCUUCUGGAUAAUAUUAAUCAAAAUAAUGAGGAUACAGAAAUUACUCUUAAAACUAUAGCUGAUCAAGUGAAAACAUAUUCGUUUAGAGAUGAAAAGAAUCAGAAAACUGUUUCGUAUUGUGAAGAUGAAAAUACCUUUAAGAAUCCAUUAAAUUUAAAAACUAAUGCUGGAGAAUAUGGUAGCUUUGGUGCUGGGGAUGAUAACGAUACGAGUGAUAACGAUGAUAUUGAUGAAGAUGAUGAUUCAGUCAAUGAUCAAGAUAAUCAAAUUGAAAAUACUGAAGAUAUCGUUGCAAAUGAUAAUUCAUUUCAUCAAAGCAGUAAUGGAAAUACUAUAAAACGUGGACUUGCAAGAAAUCAACUCAAACCUGAAUGGUCUCCUGGUCGUCAACGUAUUUCAGGUGCGAGUUAUCAUGGUAGAAAUCUAAGUUCGAAUAACAGUGAUGAUUUUCAAAUAAAUGAAGGGAGUUAUCGGUCUACAAAUAUGGAUGAACCAUUGUUAACAAAACGAUCACAGAAAGAUAAUUAUCCAACAACAAAUGUUGAAAAUGAAAAGCAAACAUAUUUGAAGCAUGCACUUCAAUCUGAAGAAAAUGAACACGAUGAUUUUUGAGUGAAUUAUGAAUUUGCUAGUGAUCUAUUUAUUUCCAAAAACUGUAUAAUAAAAAGUUAUUACAAAAA